GUACGGCUGCUGGUCUGGAGAUGAGCGCCACGGAGGGUUUGUUUUACUCGGCGUUACAGCCUCGCACCGCCGUGAGUACGUACGCUGUACCCAGUGAUAAUGAACUCAGUACCGAGCGCCACAGCAAAGAGAAGCGCGUCCAGCAACAGGUUCAACAGAGACUCGCCGAGAAAGCCUCGUCAGAUCAUAGUGGAUCAUCCAUGUUGGGAUACAUCCAAGGUACCGGAUUUAGCAACAAGACCCUCUCUUACAAUGGCAGAAUAUCUACCCCACGUUUGUCUGGGUACCCCGGAGGCUUCUCCUCUCGCUCUGCAGUGGAAGUGGGCACAGAGCGCAGGAUGAGCUAUGGCACCCCCAUGCCUGCUGUUGUGGGCCGCCCAUACGGGUACUAUGAUGACACCUACAACACCGGGCACCACAGCGGCCAGAUGCAUCUUACCGAGUCCAGAAUGACUACCCAGAUGGAGCAGGAACCAGUGACCACAGGCUUGCAAACGAUGUCCCGACAUCCUUCCAUCAGAUCAAACUGGGCAGCUCAGGAGGGCGUGGCCUUUUCAGAGCAGCAACCCUAUUACGGGCAAAGCUCUUUGCCCCAUCCGGCACCUAUGUCGCGCACCCUCAGCGGUACGCUGACACACAAUGGCUUAGGCAGAGGCUGGAGGGAGGCAGAGCUUACUCAUCAGUAUUCGUUUAAAGGCCCUGCACACCGCACCAUCACCAGGAUGAAUAACAGGCAGUUGUCACACCAGAGGAUGGGCAGCAGCUCCAUGCAGUGGCAGCAGGGGUCAGCGGGGGGCAACACCAUGAUGGCUGGAGGACAAUACCAAAACACAAUGAGACGAGCUGGAUCUGUGCACAGCCUGAGGAGCGUUGGACGCGGGAUGGACGUGAUGGAUGCUGGGGUCGAUGGUAGUGACAUUCCCGGAGGACUCGUCAGCCUGGACAUGCCAACAGCAAUCAGUUAUCUCAGCUCUCCAGAUGUUGCCUUGCAAGUGCUCGGAGCUGCAUACAUCCAGCAUCAGUGCUACCACAGCAGUGAGGCAAAGGAACAGGUGCGCAGCAUGAAGGGAAUCCCUGCACUGGUGCAGCUAUACAGCAGUGAGAAUGAAGAAGUGCAGCGCUACGCUACAGGUGCCACACGCAACCUUAUUUAUGAGAACAUGGAAAACAAGACCGUGCUGAUCGAGGCUAGUGGCAUCAGCAAGCUGGUUUCUGCAUUAAAGGAACCAGAUGAAGAACUUCGCAAGAACAUCACAGGUAUUUUGUGGAACUUGUCAUCGAAGGACAGUUUAAAGGAAAGGUUGGCGAAAGAAAGCCUGUCCGAGCUGACGGAGCGAGUGCUGAUUCCUCUCUCAGGAGGAGGAGAGUCGGGGGUGAUCCAGCAGAGCUUGUCCGAGGCUGACAUAUUUUACAACACCACAGGCUGUCUUAGAAAUCUGAGUUCAGUCAAUGGCAGGACCAGGCAGCAGAUGAGGGACACCCGUGGCCUGGUCGACUCUCUCGUAGGCUACAUCCAGAACUCUCUACAGGAGGGCCAGACUGAGAACAAGGGAGUUGAGAACUGUGUGUGUGUCCUGAGAAACCUGUCCUACCAGCUGUACCUGGAGAUACCCACAUCAGUCCAGCAACGUUUGGAGGGUACAACACGAGCUCAGAACACACGGCACUCGGACGCCAUCAGCUGCUUUAAUCCACAGAGCAAGAAGAAAAAAGAGCAGAGGCAGUAUGAGCUGUCUACACUGUCUGAGGUGGCACGAGUACCAAGAGGGGCAGAGUGGCUCUGGCACCCCCAGAUAGUCGGAGUUUAUAACCAGGUGCUGCAGAACUGCGAGAUGAACAGCACCACCCGUGAGGCUGCAGCUGGGGCUUUACAGAACAUCACAGUGGGAGAUGGCCGGUGGGCGUCUGUGUUGAGUCGUGUUGCCCUGGAGCAGGAGCGGAUGCUGCCUGUGAUUUUGGAUCAGUUACGAACCCCUACCGAUGCUGAGCUGCGUUCUCUUACGGGCCUGCUGAGAAACUUGUCCCGCCACACCAAGGACAAGGCCGAUAUGGCUACAAAAGUGGUGCAUGUUGUUCUGCCCAAGCUGCCCAGCGAUGGGCAUCAGAAAGAGCCGUCCAGUGACGUGGUGGUCAACAUCUGUGGUAUUCUCAACAAUCUGGUCAUAUCCACUUCACUCGCUGCGAGAGAUAUCACCUACUUUGAUGGUUUGCCCAAGCUGGUUGGCAUCAGGAAUUCUCAUGAUAACAGUCCAGGAAGCCUAAAAUCCGCCAAGGCUGCAGCUACAGUGCUGAGCAACAUGUUUCAGUAUAACAAGCUCCACAGAGACUACAAGCAGAAGGGGUUCACGAGACGAGACUUCAUCGACAGCACCAUUUAAGUUUCUUAUUCUCAAAAAUACUAAACAGCUGGACCUGUGGGAUACCCGAACAGCCCCGACCCACUAAACUCAACAUCAGCAGAUUUGAACUUGGAUGAAAUUUUGGGAUCAGGCUUAAGUGCUUUUGGUUUGGUCCUGUACAUUUAGUUGCUGUGGAUACCUGGGCAGAAAAAGUGGAAUGAAGUGGAAUGAAUAUUUUGGAUCAUCUCAUGUAGGAAGUGAUACGGCCUGGCUGGAGCGGGAGAGUGGGGGACUAUUUUUAAUUAGCAGAAAUUGUUUGUCUGACUCAAAAGCACAGGCUUGUCUGUCAUUACUCGAUUCAUAAUCCGUCACUACAAUGAAAAUGAAAAAUAGCCACAGACCAGAGGAGUGUGUGUGUGCGUGUGUGUGUGUGUGUGUGUUUGUGCACUCUUGUUGAUGCGUAUGCUUUGAACUAACAUCGCUGAAAGUAGAAAUGCAUUAAAGUAUCCAUAUUUUACUACAAUCUCCCUACAAUUCUGCAUUUCAGGUGCCACCUUAUUUUAAAUUUUUAGGUUUUAAUUAGGAAGAAAGUGGGUGAGCGGAGAUUUAUACAUUUUAUUGUGUAGUUUCAUAUAUUUUUAAUAUUAGUUUUAAAUAAAUGUGAAAGAACCCUUCUAUUUCCUACGUUAGGACUAAAUGCUAGUUGUGUGGUGUGUGUGUGUGUUUAGCUGGUAUGUUUGCACUGUUUCUCAGCUCUGUAUGUUCUGUACUGACAGGCAUCACACUAGUCAUACCGUUCUCAUUUUCUUUCAAGCGUAUGAAGAAGCUUAGCAAUGCUGUGUGACCAGAGCGUUGAGCAGACAUGGUGCCUGGUACAGUUAGGCACUCUAGGGGCGUGAAUAAAGGCAUUUUUUUUCCACAGCACAUUCAAAAACAGGAACUGGCUCAAACUGGAAACAAUGGAACUUGGGAUUGCAUUAUUUCAGUGCAUAGUGAUGCCUUUGUUAGGAAUAAGUCAUAAAACACUGCGCAUUUCUAUAGUUCUAAUGUUUAAUCCUUGUUUUUAAAAGGCGGGUCAUAAUAACCCAUAAUAAACCCAUAGAGACGUGGUAAGGACCUGCCAAACUUUGCAGACAGUAACUCACUGGAGUGUCAUGUUGUGUAAUUUGGGACAGAUCCAGAAUAUUGUUUGCAUGUAAGAUUUUGCAUGUUAUAUGCUCAACCAUUCAGCAGCCUCCCAUCCAGGUACCACUUGGUUCUGUUGGUGUGCCAAUAGGUAACAAUUGAUGGAAACCAUAAAGUUUGUUGUAUAACCCUCUGAUUCAGAUUAGUAAAUCACUCCCACUACAGUCAAUUCUAGACGAC